GGUCCCACUUUGCCGAGUGCCAAAAAUAAAACAGUGAAGACGUGACGAUCCGUUAACGUGACCUGGACUAAAUCCCAAAUUGCGCACGCAGAAUUGUCUUAACAAUUGACACCUUUGUGGGAAGGAAGGACAGGCCCACAUGGGAAUGCAUUCCAAGUUCUUAUUUUUUAAAGUGCCAUACCACGAACUGCGCACUGUGAUAAUUUCCACGUGUAUGCUAAUUAUGUCAAUUGUGAAAAAUGAACAGUACGUUGGUUCUAUCGCGCCACAUGACGGUGAAGAUGAAUAAUGGAUAUUCACGUUGUGAUUAGUGAUCUUACCACUUCGUUGCCAUUAUACUAGAAAGUCGCAAAGUUCUUUAUUUUCACGGCGAAAUUUCCGCUAAUGAUUAGGCGGGAACCUCAGUUGAAACAACAAUUCAUCAAAAGGCCCUUAGAGACACGGGUCGUUAGCCUCGUUUCGGUCCAUCCCACCGUGGCAAGGACAAACAACGACGACAUCGCUGCCGGCAAUAAAUUUUGCACGAAAUUGUUUUUUGCCCAGUAUGAUGCAAGGAAGGCAGACUUUAGACGGCGAAAUCCAACAUCGUCAUCAAUCGCCAUUUGCAAAAUAUUAAAAUGCCAGCUAUUGUCCAACAAAAUCAAGAGUUUAUUUUUGAAGACAUUCACAACUAAAAGAAAAUUAUAUUUCUUCCAAGAAAACGCCCCAACGAUUGAACUGCCCUCUUUAGGAGAAAAUAAACCAGUCAAAUGCAACGGCUCUCAUCGUUCACGCGACGCUAAACUACCUAAACGCCUCUUGCUGUACAGUGUUGGAGCAAGUAAGCUGAUUCAAAAGUUUUCCAAUAAUUUAACACCACGUGGCGACCAAUUUGCUCAUGAGACAGCCAUUUUUUUUCCCAGGGAAUCUGUUGUUGGCGGCUGUAAUUCAAUACGCAUCUGCGGAGGAGUCAUCAGCAGAAAACAAGGCCCUUCACCCACAUGGUGUAACUCUAUAUAUAAGGUAACUUGUACCAAUUCGGUCUGAACUAGAAUAAAAGAAGAGGGGAAAAAAGGAAUCUACAGUCAACAGCAGGAGGAGUUUGAGAUUGAAGAUGUAGUCUCUAUACCAUCAGUCUUUGUCGCCAUUUUGUAAUAGCUCCCGACAGUCCUCUUUUGUGUCCUUAACUGAAUGGGGCAGACUGUCUCAUUCGCCAUUGUUUUCUUGGCUACAAACUGGACUCGUCUAUAACCUCCUUUUUUUUUUACAGUUGAAUGGUUCAACUCGACAAGUCUAUUUAUUGAUGCAAUUAUCGAUAUGAGCGGCGCUUGCCAUUCUGCCUUUCUCUAUUUAGUCUAUUGCGUGUAGUUCUCUACUUCUCCGCUGCUAGAAUGCACUGAAUUGGGCCAACGAAUAUGCUCGUGAUUUAUAGAUGCCGACAAUAAUCAGACGACACUGGCCUGUGCACACAAUUUCAUUCCAAAGUGGCCAGCGGCAAACCAUGGACGUCCUCAGGCUCUAACAUUUGCAUGUGGCUAUCUGUGCAUAUUUGACACCACUCGAACGCCCCCACCUUUGAGUAUUAUCCAGCUCCAUCGGAGUAAGGAUUGAAUAACUUAAUUAUCCCUCUGUGUUUAUCCAUUUAUAAAGGUGCAAAAUAUUGAUCAAUCUUCUAUUUAAAAGCAAAAACAGCCGUUGGGCAAAAAGUCCAUUUACAGUCUAAAGGCGUCACCGAGGAAUUUUCGUUUCUAAAUGCAUCAUAAAUGGCUGCUCGAUGUAUAUAUCUUUGAUAAGCUUCGUUUGAAACUCUUUUGUUUUCACCAUGACUCUCACGUUCUCCUUCCUCGAGGUUUUCGUCACCAUUAUCGGCCCAAGCACGAAGACGUGUUAUUUAUUAUUCAUUACUGUUCUAUAUAAAAAGGAUUAUAGAUCCCUCGUGGUUGUCUACAAAGAAGACGUUGCCCCAUCAAUCAUGGCUUGGUAUUAUAAAAAAAAGAAAAGAUUGCAAAGGGGAGAACAAUGUCAAACGACCUGCUCCGUUAUCUGUCACUGUGUAAUGGACUUCGUUUGUCGCCACGCAUGGGCGUGACGUCAUACAAACAUUUAAAAUACAUUGUAACACGUGCUGUUUUAUGUCCUAACAUUUU